GACCCCUGGUCUCUUGCGUUUUACAAUCUCGGUCCUGACCCAUCUCCUUUCGUUCUUCGUCAGCUUGGCAUUGAAGGCAAAAAGAGUAAGUUUUGACUUCGUCAAUGUUUGAUUCUUUUUAUGUACACUUAAGCAAUUUUUGACUGGCAUUUUCUUCUUGCAGAGAUGACGACAAAAUUCAACAAGGACAUGUAUGCAAAGAUGAGAUCAAAGAAGGACGAACCACUGUCCAAUCUGGGGAAGAAGGCAGUGCGAGUUACUGGGAAAGGUCCUGCUUCCAUGCCCCUUAGUAUCGUCCCUUCCAUAGCUUCCGAAACGACGAGGACUGCCUCCCCGACCGUCUCGAUAGAGGAGAUUCCCACUCCUGGCUCCAAAAGGCUGCGUGUGGUUAGCAAAGGGAAGGAGAAGACCGAUACUCGUUCGUCCACCAUUUGGGAUGACGAGAAGUUGGCCAUAGAGAGGGCUCAUGAGGUCGUCACUCCAGCGGACUUGAAGGCUUUUUCUGACAUGUCCCUAAACGAUGUGGCUUCUCGUCAUGUCCACAAACUCGUCCAGGUGUUGGGAGAGAGCCUCCAUAUUACCGCUGAAUACCUCACUCAAGGGGCCAAGGUGGCGUCUCUGACAACCCGGAUGGAGGCCUUGGAGAAAGAGAACUCUGACCUGAGGACGAACCUGAUCACUUCCAUGGAUGAGGCAACGACUUUGAAGGAGAAGGUUAAAGUGCUGGAGGACGAUCUCAGAGUUGAGCGCGGGUUGACUCACGAGAAGGACGAGCAGCUUCUUGCAGCCAAGGAGAAACUUGUGACCAUCGCUGCUCGAUCUGUGGAGGCUUUCCAGACCACUGACGAGUACAAUACUGUGCUCUUCAGUUGGUAUUUCAAAGGUUUCGAGCUUCUUCGGAGGUAUAUGAUCAAGCAUCCUUCUGGAGUCAAGUCAACCUGGAGAGUCUGGACUUGGAAGAAGUUGACAAGGAAAUGGCUCUGGAUGAGGCGGCUUCAUCUUCUGCCCUUGGCGAUGACGCGCCUGAGCCUGCUGCUGACGUACCGACCAGUGAAGGCACAGCCGAUGCCUGAUUUUGAUACUUAG